GAGGAGGAGGAGGAGGAGGAUGAUGGCGGAGCGGGACACACCACCACCACCAGGAGAGCUCUCCCUGCUGUCAUCUUCAGAGGUGUCAGAAAGUUCAGAGAGGCAAAACUCGUCAGAUGAAAACGGACAUGUUGACAGUCCGGAUGAGACUCUCUCCCCUACCUCUGUGAUCUACUUCAAGGAGGCUUUAAACUCCUCUAACUUGAGAUUUGGGACGGCUGGCUCACUGUCGCCCACUCCACUCCGACAGUAUGACUUCCACAUUGAAAGGAUCGAGUCAAAACGCCAAAAAAACCCUAAGGAUCCCAUCACAAUUGAAAGACUUAACCUGAUGAACAUGGCCAAACUGAGCAUCAAGGGCCUGAUCGAGUCCGCUCUCAACCUGGGACGCACGCUGGACUCGGACUAUGCACCUCUGCAGCAGUUCUUUGUGGUGAUGGAGCACUGUCUGAAACACGGCUUGAAAACCAAGAAGACGUUCCUGGGGCAGAACAAGUCGUUCUGGGGGGCGUUGGAGCUGGUGGAGAAGCUGACCCCCGAGGCGGGAGAGAUCACUGCCAGUGUAAAAGACCUGCCGGGCCUCAGAACUCCUUUAGGAAGAGGACGUGCGUGGUUACGUCUGGCUCUGAUGCAGAAGAAGCUCUCCGACUACAUGAAGACCAUCAUCAACAGAAAGGACCUGCUCAGUGAAUUCUACGAGCCGAACGCGUUGAUGAUGGAGGAGGAGGGAGCCGUCAUCGCCGGGCUUCUCGUCGGAUUAAAUGUCAUCGAUGCCAAUCUGUGUAUGAAGGGAGAAGACCUGGACUCACAGGUCGGUGUGAUCGAUUUCUCGAUGUACCUCAAAGACGGCGGACACAGCAGUAAGAGUGCAGAGGGUGACGGUCAGAUCACAGCGAUUCUCGAUCAGAAGAAUUACGUGGAAGAGCUGAACAGACAUUUAAGUGCGUCAGUAAAUAACCUCCAGGCCAAGGUGGACGCUCUGGAAAAGUCCAACACAAAGUUAACAGAAGAGCUCGCGGUGGCAAAUAACCGGAUCAUCACUUUACAAGAAGACGUGGAGAGAGUAAAGGAGGAGAGCUCAUAUCAGCUGGACUCCAGUAGGAAGGCAUUAAGAAGUGACUCAGCACCAGACGGUCAAGCUCUGGGUGAAACACGCAAGCAGCUUAAAGAGGAAACUCUGCUUCGAUUGGAUGUGGAGAAGGAGCUGGAGGUGCAGAUCGGGAUGAAGCAGGAGAUGGAGCUGUCCAUGAAGAUGCUGGAGAAAGACAUCUGUGAGAAGCAGGACGCUCUGGUGGAGCUCCGACAGCAGCUGGACGACCUCCGCACCAUCAACCAACAGCUUGGACACAAGUCACAGAGCGCAGAGUCCAGCUCCAAACAGAAGAGUGAAGCCAUCGCUCGCUUGGAGGAGAAGAUAAACCAGAUGUCAGGAACUGUGAAACAUCUGGAGAGCAGAUCCAAACAGGCUGAGAAAGAGAAGGAUCUGGCUUUAGAGGCCAACCGGCUCUUCAAACAGGAGUUUGGAGAUAAAAUCGAGAGUCUGCAGGAGGAAGUGGAGCAGCUCAGGAAACACAGGUCUAAUCUGGAGGUGGAGCUGAAGAAGGAGCGAGAGCGAAGAAGUGAGCAUCAUGUUGACGUCAGACAGUCCAGUACUCCUCGGAGGGAAAGAAAACACCCAGAGAACAUACCAAAACCUCCUCCUGAAUCCCCGUCAGCCAAAAGGGAGAUUGAUCAGUUACACACAGGAGCAGAGGACAAAACCAGUCUGAGCUCCAGCUUGUCUUUGUCACAUCACGAAGACGAGCAGGAUGAGUCGUUCGUGGAGAUCAGUCAUCCGACCAUCUGUACAAUGUGUGAACAGGACGACUCCCUCCUGAAGACAAAGAAACAGUGUAAAAACUGCGCCGGUGUUUUCUGUGAGAGCUGCGUGUGCAACGAGCUGCCGUUACCUUCCUCCAUUCUCCCAGAGACUGUGUGCAGCGCCUGCUACUCUCAGCUACUCCAACAAUACGCUUCAACGCCAACAUGAACCAGCUCCAGCAAUUUUACCCCGAAACCAUGACGACCAACAUCAGACACACGGAAACACGCAAGGCAUUGAUUUCUAAAACUGGCACUGCUAAAAUGCACUUUUUCACUUCAUGACUCGAGACGUCGUGAAAGAUCUGACGGGGGUCCUUUUUUAAAUUCAGCGGGGCUCAAACUUGAGCUGUGUGUUUGCAGGUUUCCAUGACAAUUAGAAAUGCUGCUGGAGCCAUUUUUUUUAAAAAAAUCCCUUUUCUGGUUGAAAGUGUGUUACAUAGUAAGUUCGGCUGCUGUGGUAUUUCUGUUGGGAGUGAAAACCUGCACGCAUACAGC